GAACAGCAUCGUCGCGCGAGCGAGAUAUGCAGCACGACCAAGGCGGCCUUGGGUAGCGUGUGGAGGUUGCGACCCAAACCCAUCUGAAAUUCGAAUGAGGAGACAAGGCGGAGCAGUGGUCGCGAGACACACGGACAGUAGGAGCGGCACAUCGACGAUGACGCGUACCGAGUCCCUGUAUCCGAGAUAUCCGAUGUUGUCCCACCACUCUUCAAGCCAAUGGGUGCGU